AUGAUGUUGUCGAACCUGUCGAAGAGUAUCGUGCUGGAGGCUACCACCCAGUUCACCUCGAGGACACUUUCCACCACAGGUAUCGGAUUGUUGCAAAGUGGGCAUUUGGUCAGUUUUCCACAGUUUGGAUUGCCGAAGAUACAAGGUUGUAUCCACGUCAUCUCGUUCGCCCGCGACUAUCAAACUUACUCCUUCCUGUACCCUAGGCUUGGAAGAUAUGUCACGUUAAAGAUUCUCAAAGCGGAUAUCUCAAGCAACAGCCGAGAAUGUUCUAUACUCCUUCACUUAUCGAAAGUGGAUACAUAUCAUCCAGGCAAAAACCACGUUUUGCAAUUAUUGGAUCAAUUUGAGCAUAAAGGGCCUAAUGGCUUACAUCUUUGUCUCGUGUUCCCAGUCAUGAUGUCAGAUGGUCAAGCAAUGACUAUUCGGGAAAAACCACGCUGCCCAGGUUAUGUUCGCGAGAUUUCGAAACAAAUAUUACUCGGGUUGGAUUAUCUUCACGAUCAGGGCCUUGUUCAUGGCGACCUCCAACCAGCCAACAUACUAUUCACCCUGAACUGCGACUUGUCAGGCGGAAUGAUAACUGAACCCGAAUUUAGUCCUGUCAAUUGGCUUCCAGGAGUUGAAGUUGAUAACAGCGCUCCGCGGUAUCUUAUGAGUUCGCAGCGGCCCCGCGGAUUCCUAGACAAUGCAGCCUUCUCGACACUUCUGGUCAAGAUUGGUGAUUUGGGCGGAGCUAUGUGGAACACACAAGAUGAUUUUCUUCCUGUCACGCCAAUGGCGUUGAGGGCACCCGAGUUACUCCAGCCCCAUCCAGGGAAUGAGAAGGUGGACAUAUGGGCUCUAGGGUGUUUGAUAUUUCAACUUGCUACAAACGAGCCACUCUUCCCGGUAGAAUCUUUUGGAUGCACGAUUGACGAGGUUCAUGAGAUUUUGCGAUCUCUCAUGCACGAGCUAUUUGAGCAUGGCAAUCAAAAAUUUGCCAUCUACAUUAGCGAGAGAUUACCGACUGAUUUUGGCAAAGAGAACACUGAGAAGCUUGCAAAUUUUCUUUGGUCAGCGUUGCAGGAACGUCCCGAAGAUUGA